AUGAUCAUCAACGAUGCCGACGCAGCGGUCACGCUCUUCGAAAAGCGCUCCGCAAUCCACUCAGCCAGACCGGAAUUCCCCAUGGCGGAACUAUCUGGCUGGGGUCAAGCGGUGAGUUUGCUGCAAUGUACGCCCCUGUUCCGAACGCAUCGCAAGGCCCUGCAUCGAGAGCUGGGUACCACGGCCGCUGUUGCGCGAUUCAACGAUAUCCUGGAUCUUGAGGUUCGACGGUUUCUGUUGCGGGUGGUCCAGACGCCGGAUCAGUUGAUGGAGUUUAUUCGGAAACAAACUGGCGCAUCAAUUCUGAAGAUCGGAUACGGAUAUAAUGUGGAACCGAAGGGCCGUGAUCCCCUUGUUGACUUGGUGGAAAAAGGCAUGGCUGAAUUCUGCGAUGUCGUGGUUCCGCAUGGAUGGCUUGUGAAUCUUGUUCCAGCUUUCAAACAUUUCCCCAGUUGGCUCCCAGGCGGCGGAUUCCACAAGACAGCCGAGGAAUACCGAAACAGCGUCGCCCGACUGCGCGAUCUGCCGUAUUAUUUCGUCAAGCGACAAAUGGCACAGAAGAAGGACACGCCCAACUUCGUGUCGAGUAGUCUCAACAAAGAACAUAUCGAACCGGGGUCAGAAGAUGAGAUGGUGUUGAAGUGGUCUGCUGUGUCGCUGUAUGCUGGAGGCGCUGAUGCCACCGUGUCCUCAAUCGCCUGUUUCUUCCUCGCAAUGGCCCUCUACCCUGCAGUGCAAAGACGAGCACAAGAGGAGAUCGACCGCGUGGUAGGAACGUCUCGAUUGCCCGGAUUCCAAGACCGCGAGAACCUGCCGUACAUCAACGCCAUGGCGCAGGAGAUUCUGCGCUGGCAUCCCAUCGCACCGGUCGGAUUCGUUCAUAAGUCCAGCGAAGAGGAUAUUUACGAGGGAUAUCGCAUCCCGAAAGGAGCAAUUAUGAUUCCGAAUAUCUGGUGCGGAGAACCCAUCUUACCUAUCCACUGGAGUCCCUUGCUAAUCCAUACCUGUCUGUUUGUUGAUAGGGGCUUCAUGCACGACCCAUCCAUCUACCACGACCCAAUGACCUUCAAACCCGAGCGCUUCCUCUCAGAAAAAGGCCACACACCAGAACGAGACCCCAACAUUUUCGCAUUCGGUUUCGGACGCCGGAUUUGUCCCGGUCGGGUCCUUGCCAACGCGGAUAUCUAUCUCACGAUUGCGCAGGCGGUCGCGAGUUUGAAUAUCACGAAGCCGGUGAAAAAUGGAAAAGAGAUCCCUGUGAAGGCGGAGUUCUUGCCCGGUGUGAUUAGCCAUCCGGCGCCGUUUGAGGUCACUAUUAAGCCGAGGAGUCGGGGGCAUGAAGAUUUGAUUAGGGAGGUUGAGAGGUUGGGGCCGGAGGCGAAGAGUGAUGCGGAGGCGUUGUUAAGAGGGGUUUAG